AUGGCUCUCUUUGUACAGGUGAUGCUCCUGAUCUCCUGCGUGGCGGCGGUUCCGUACUUCCCGCCGACCUGCUACACCAAGGUGCUGAGCAUGGCAAGAGAGAUCAUGGAGCGGUUCGCGGAGGUCAAGAGGAACCCAGCGACAGGGUACUGCAUGGCGCACCUGCCGAACAUAUACGUUGACGUGCAUAAUGCCUGCAUCAUGCCAAAAAUGCGGACAUACAUAUCCCUGCUGGAGGGCCUGCCGGACCGAAGCUGCGUCCGGAACAGGAGUGUGCAUAAGCUGACUGCCACCAUUCGGCAGCUGCACCUAAUCAUGGCACACAAGUGUCACGGGGACCUGCACUUCAGCACAGACGACUGCGCUGCAUUGGAACACUAAGACCAAGAUGCAGUCUGAAAUGGCCG